AUGGCCAACGAAGAAUGGGCUCCUCCUUUCCUAGACGGACCCGUCCAGCAUGCACGCGAUUGCGCGUACGUGUUGACUCCAGGUAGCGCCGCCUGUAAUUGCUACCGAUCAUGGGACCUGGAAGUCUUCUCGACCGCCUCAGCAUUCCAGCCUGCUACAGCCCGUGGCCCUGAUGACCAGAACGGAAACUUUGACGAACACGACCAAGCCACAAUUCAAGCCUUUAUCAGUCGCAAACAUGACCAAGGGGACGAACGCCGGCUCCAACGCUCCUUCUCUCUUGAAUUGUAUCAACCACUUACCCAGGGCGAGAUUCGCAUUCUGGAGCUUUAUCCAGGCGAGCGCGAUGCGCCACUGCAGGGAAGCCUACACAUUGCCAGCAUAGAUUUUACACAUCUCGCAAGAGCAAGUGACCAGUCGACCACACGACUCACCAAUCACGCAAUAUCGCUUGGGACUAGUCAGCCAUUCUGGUACACAGCCCUUAGCUAUGUUUGGGGUGAGCCCACCUUCAACCAAUCCGUACGAUUUGCGGCAAGGUCUGUGCCAAUCACCAGCAGUCUAGCAACGGCUUUGUUCCGACUGCGAUCCCUUGAAGAGAGCAUUUUUCUGUGGAUAGACCAGAUCUGCAUCAACCAAACAGACACUCGCGAGAAAGAACAGCAAAUACCUUUGAUGGGGCUGAUCUACACUCAUGCAACAAACACUGUCAUAUGGCUGGGUGAUGGGGACGGACAAGACCCGCACCUAGCUUUGGAAACGAUGGAGCAUGUGUAUGCAAAAUUGCAGAUGAGCGACGUGGAGAUUACCCCGGAUGAUUUUGAGAGGCUCGACUUUCCACCAGCCAACCACCACGCCUGGCAUGCAGUGCGCCAAAUUCUUCAGAGGCCUUGGCUCUCCCGUCUCUGGACUAUACAAGAAGCGGUUCUUUCGAGAAACUUGUUCGUCAUGUGUGGUAACGCUGUUGUGAACUGGGAUGAUCUUGCGGCAUGGUGCUACGUUCUGCAGCACUGUCAAAUCCUACAGUGGCUCGCAAGCGAUAAAUCCCAGGGCUGCCUAGAGCAUAGUGCCUCUUGCUCUAGAAGUAGAUUACCGUUUGGUGGUAGUGUGAUUAAUUCACUGCAGGCCGACCGUUUACAGAACUGGUCACUCAGUGAGAAAGAAUAUCUUCUGAAUAGCUUAGUGCGCACAAGAUCCGAAAGACAAAAUCUACGGACGGCUCGAGACGUCUACCAUGAGGCAUGCUUAACACAAUUACCAGCCCUCGUCUACGAACUUUUGAGCUGUGUGGACCAUGACUUACCUCUUGAGCCCUCUUGGCUACCAGAUUGGAGCACUAAUCGGGUAACUGAGGCACUAGGUUACUCUACAAAGGCUUGGACGAUGUAUAGUGCCGGUAGGCGAGCAAACACGAAAGGCACAGUCUCAAUCGGAAGACCUAGUAAGGUGAUUCUGAGCGAGAACAAAACGAGACUUACCCUCAACGGCAUCGUCUUCGACAAGGUAACAAUUCUCGGACGUACCAUUGAAGACGUGGCGCUCGAUAUCGAAGAUCCUCACAUCGGCAACAGUAGCUGGGCAAGCAAUGUUCAGCUUAUCAAUGAAAACUACAAACAUGAGGAGUACCCGGCUUCAGAUAGCUCUGUAUAUGACGCUUUCUGGAAAACACUCUUAGGAGGGCGCGAUGCCUCUGGCACGGCAGAACCAACAGCAGAACAUAGCGAGGUCUUCAGCCUCAUUCUAGAUUCCACAACGGGUCAAACGCCUUCUCUGGCUGGCCAGACCUAUAGUUCGCGGCGAAGACGAGGCUACUUCACACUCAACAGUCUCCGAUCUAGGCGACCAGCGAAAGCGCUUGGUGAUCUUCGCACAGCCAUGCGUGCUGCACUCACGAUGAGACGCUUUGCCAUUUCUCAGAAGGGCUUCUUUGCUCUAGUCCCGCGCGGAACGCAGCAAGGAGACGUGAUUGUGGUGUUUGAAGGCGCGUGUGUACCGUUUGUGCUCCGGUCGAUGCAAAAUGAAGAGGAAGAGUACGAACUUCUCGGCGAGGCCUACAUGCACGGCAUCAUGCAAGGAGAAGCUCUGCAUAUGCCAGACAUGAGAUUCGAAGACGUGACUCUAGUGUGA